AUGCAGUUGCUGAGUGCCUAUUUCUUAUCGCCCGGCUCGGUGAUCGUGGCUUUAUUGGCAUUGAUCUUCUUGGCUCACCAGUCAUGGCCAUCUCUUUCUUAUCGAAAGAAAACUUAUCAACUCUCCGGCGAGAUCUCCGAGGUACAUGACGAAAACGAUUUAACAGUUUCCAAGGAUCCAGAGGUUCCUAAGGGAUGGUGGUCGAGUCGUGAGGUCUUUGAACUGGAACGCCGAGCUAUCUUUAGCAAAUCGUGGCUGUAUCUUGCCCAUACCACUCAGUUUAGCAAGGCCGGGGCAUAUCAGUCUUUUGAUAUCGCUGGAUUUCCGAUCUUCUUGAUCCGCAGCAAGGAUAAUAAGAUUCGAGCAUUCCACAAUGUGUGUCGACACCGCGCCUAUACAAUUACCAGGAAAGAGACCGGAACAUCUACUGUGCUCGGUUGCCGCUACCAUGGAUGGAGUUACGAUACUACUGGCCGAUUAGUCAAAGCACCACAGUUUGACGGUAUCCCUGGCUUUAACAAAUCUGAGAAUAGUCUUUUUGAGAUUCACACGCAUACUACUGACCAUGGAAUGGUUUUUGUCAACCUUGAUACCGGACAGCCUACUCCUUUCCCUGACUCUACUGCUUCAAGUUUGGAUGGCUUUGUAAAAAUUGCUGGCCUUGGCUCAAAAUCAAUUUGGCUUGCUGGUCAGACACUGACUGGGACGUUUAACUGGAAGUUUGGAAUGAGCCCUCAAUACUGCACAGAUGUCACUGCCCGGCUUGAAGAAAUUGUCUCGGCUGCGUCACUACCUUCAUUUGCAUCCAAGCUUACCAAAAUCAUCACACGGCACAACAGCCGAGCAGAUUGUCACUUGUUCCCUGUGAACAUUCUCUAUUCCUUUGAGAAUGCCCCUCUUUGGGUCUCUAUUUCCUACUUGCCCGCAUCUGAAUCAAUUACCCAGGUUCGCUAUGACUUAUUCAAUCUGUCGUCUAAAUCCGGGAUCAACGAGAAUCAACUCGCAAGUGCGGUUGCAGGGUCCGUUAAAGGCUUUAUGCAGGGCAUUGAGACUGGUUUUCAGUCAGUCACAACUUCACCUGUUGAGAAUAGUUCCAAUACUCGACGGAUUCUGGAACAGCUUCAAGAACACGCAAGACUGGAGAAGAAGAGCGGUGGUCAGAUUCUUCCGGCUAUGCGUCAACCCAAGGGAAGCUCAUUGUUCCAACAGGCAGAGCAGCUUUGCAAGGAAAUUGACUGUUCCGGCUCUGGCUCUGGAUCCGGCAAUGGCUCGGGCAGUCUCGACUGGUAA